AACGCGACACAACAACAAACGACAGCGCUGGGAACGAGACUUCACGGCGUUUCAGCGUCGUUUGAUCUGUCGACUGUGUGUUGCCGUGCAAGCUAAUCAUGGACAGUGAAGUGCAGAGAGAUGGACGAGUUCUUGAUCUCACAGAUGAUGCCUGGAGAGAGGACAGGCUGCCAUACGAGGAUGUGACAAUCCCACUGAGUGAACUUCCAGAAGCAGAGCAGGACAAUGGUGGGUCGACAGAGUCCGUCAAAGAGCAAGAGAUGAAGUGGUCAGAUCUCGCCCUGCAGAGUUUGCAUGAAAACACACCAAAUGUCGGCACUUAGAUCAGAAGCUUCUCUGAUCCUCUCAGACUGAUUCUUCACCUUCGGGUCGCUGAUCCAAGAUUUAUAAAAUAACGGACUCAUUUAUUAUUUGUAUUGAUAGUGUUUCAUUGUUUUGAUAUAAAAUAUUUAAUAAAAUGAUAAAACUUUUAA